AGCUUGGCGCAUCAACAACGUAGCCCCGAAAAUGAGUUACGAUAGUAAUUGCGCCCUUUGCCUUACGACGGAAGCAAGAUGGUUUUUAAGUGUGUUCAGCGAGACCAACAAAAAUCUCAACAUGGCGAAAAUCGUGUCGAAACAUUUGUGGUUUGAUCUAAAACCAUCGUCCAAUCCGUGUAUCUGCAUCGACUGUUGGACCGCUGUGAAUGAGUUCCAUUUGUACUACACAAAACUGGAAACCAUUCGCAAUGAAGGCCUUGAAGGCGAGACGGUGUCGGAUAAUGAUAUGGCGCAACUGAAGGACAUUGAAUUUCUGGAGGAAGAUGCCGAGGAGCUCCGGAAUCAGAUUACACAAACACCCGACAUGCUUGCCACGACGGAUGAAAGUGCUAAACGAUAUCAAAUCCACACCAAAUACGAUAAGACCGACGAUGGUAAAAAUGGGAUGGAGUUGGACGAUUACAGCAUCGUUGAAAUCGUGGUCGAAGAUGAUGAAGUGAAAGAAGAAUAUACCACAUACGACAUGGAAUAUGAUGAGCAAAGUGACGGUGAAAUUCACAAAUCGGACCAGCGUAGCAGCGAACCGGUUAUUUUGAACGGUAAAGCAAAAUCGAACGUUACUACUGAACGAACAAUCAUCGCGCUCGAUGAGCUAUUGCCUCUGGAACAGCCAGUGAAGCGUGGUAGAGGACGUCCGCGGAAAGUAAAACCGGAACAGGAAACGGACACCAUGAAAGCGGCUAGCGAGGUAAAGAAAGAAUUCCGCCCCAACGGUUCUAAUGCGCCGGUUAAUUCAACAUCUGGUGGUGACACUGCAACGGCAACGAACGUGCCCGUCAAGCGCGGCAGAGGUCGUCCGCCUAAGAAUGCAAAGCCACAGCCAGCCAUGUCCAACGAACCAAGUCCACGUGCGAUCAAGAAAGAAAUAAAACCUGAACCCGUAGAGUUGGAUAGCAGUUCAGCAUCACGGCCAGAGAGAAGAUCAACACGCAAACGUAAAAUCAAACAGUACAGCGAUAUGGAGCAGGUGAGCGAUGAAGAAAGUGAUGUGGACGAUAAUGAUUACAUCGAGGAUGUAGAUCCGGAUUACGAAGCACGGCUAGAGCUGCAGAAGCAACUUAACAUGGACGAUUAUUCCUUCUACGAGUAUCAAUGCAGCAUGGAGUCGGAACAGUAUGCACGCGACAAUAAGAUAUUCCAGUACGUGGACGAGUUUGCUUGCUACUUCUGUGUGGAUAAGGUCACGUUUAAACGCUUUGCCGAUGCGCACUUGCACUACCGGGUGGAGCAUGAUCAGCCACCAUUUUUAAAGUGUCCCAAGUGUGAUAAAAAGUGCCACACACCGGGCAUGUUCGUGAGCCACAUGGAAACGCACGAUGAUCCGGAAAAGAACAAGUGUGACAUUUGUGGCAAGCUUAACGAUUGUAACAUUUCGCUUAAGAAGCACAUGCGCACCCAUCAGAGCCUGCUGGAGGAGAAUCUACCAUAUCCCUGCAGCUUGUGCAAGCGAAAAUUCGAGACGGAGGAUCUAAGGGCGAAACAUGAAAAAUUGCACGUACCAAAACCUUACAUACAGAAGGAGAGAGGUCCGGACCAGGAGGUGUUGGACUUUUACAAGUGUAUCGUAUGCGAUAUAUGUGAGGAAGAGUCACCCGACUCGACGUCGUUCGACAAUCUGAGCGAAUUGCGGGCCCACAUGGUGAAGGAGCACAACAAGAGCAUGUACGUGCGGUGUCCGGUGUGUUCGACGAGACAGGCCAAUCGACAGCAGGUCAUUACGCACAUCGAUAUGCACAACAAUCCGGAAAAGUAUCGAUGCGAAGUGUGUAAGGAAGUGCAUCAGAAUCUUCACCAUCAUAUGAUAAAGGCACACACACCGAAUACAGCGCUGCCGGCCGAUGAAAAACACAAGUGUGAACAGUGCGGUAGGACGUUCAAUUUUAUUGCAAACUUGAAAAUGCACAUCGAUUGCGUGCAUGGGCUAAAAGAUGUGCGAUGUAACAUCUGCAACAAGUACUUCAACUACAAAGCGUACCGUGCCCACAAACGGUCGGCCCACACCGAUCUGAUGCUUAUGUGCGAACUCUGUCCGAAAAUGUUUAAAAAUCGGAAAUCUUUCGAAGCGCACAAAGUGUCCCACGAUAGCAGCCUGCUGCGGGUCACGCAAUGUACACUGUGCGGCAAACAGAUUCGCGCCUGCAGCAUGUCUAAACACAUGAAAACAAUACACUCGGAGGAUGAUCCGGUAAAUUGUGAUCUGUGUGGAAAAAUGUUCCGCACUCCGUUCCACAUGAAGCGGCAUCAAAAAAAUACGUGCGAAGUUACGAUGGAUUCCCGGUCGUUCAAGUGCGAAGUUUGUGGUAAGGGCUUCUCCACGAAGCUAACCAUGGUGGAGCAUAUGACGACGCACACACGCACGAAUCAGUAUCAGUGUGCUUUCUGCUUUAAAUCGUUUGGCUACAUCUCAAACCUGUACAAGCACCGGAAGAAGGCACAUCCGCUGGAAUGGCAGGAAGUGCAGGCACACCCGGAAGAAAACAUUCCGUCGGUUAUAGUGGUAAGAAACUGA